AUGGCGGUGCGGCAGGCGCUGGGCCGGGGCCUGCAGCUGGGCCGCGCGCUGCUCCUGCGCUUCGCGGCCAAGCCUGGCCCGGCCUACUGCUGGGGGCGGCCCGGCCCGGUGACCGCCUGGGGUCGCCUGGAGCGCCCGGGCCGGGCCGCGGCACCCGGCCUGCAGCCGCGCAGGGUCGGGUGGAGGCUUCCCGACCGCUACCGCUUCUUCCGCCAGUCGGUGGCGGGACUGGCGGCGCGGCUGCAGAGGCAGUUCAUGAUGCGGGCCCGGGGCGGCGCGGGUCCUGGAGGCCGGGCCGUCUUUCUGGCCUUCGGGCUGGGCCUGGGCCUCAUUGAGGAGAAACAGGCGGAGAGCCGGCGAGCGGCCACGGCCUGUCAGGAGAUCCAGGCCAUUUUCACCCAGAAAAGUAAGCUGGGAGCUGACCCCCUGGAUGGCAGGCGCUGGCAGGGCUUCCGGCUGGAGGAGUACCUGAUCGGGCAGUCCAUUGGCAAGGGCUGCAGUGCCGCUGUGUACGAAGCCACCGUGGCUGCGUUGCGUGUGAACCUGGAGGAGGCAGAAGGCACCAGGCUUCCCGGGAGAGGCACAGAGCUCACUACGGCAGGAACGACCGAGAUGUCCGGCCCAGGGGCCCCCCACUUUCCCUUGGCCAUCAAGAUGAUGUGGAACAUCUCGGCGGGCUCUUCCAGCGAGGCCAUCUUCAGGACUAUGAGCCAGGAGCUCGUUCCAGCCAGCCGUGUGGCCCUGGCCGGGGAGUACGGAGCCGUUGUUCAUAGAAAGACCAAGGGGAGCCCCAAGCAGCUGGCCCCUCAUCCCAACAUCAUCCGCGUUUUCCGCGCCUUCACCUCGUCUGUGCCGCUGCUGCCAGGGGCCCUGGUGGACUACCCCGAUGUGCUGCCCCCUCGCCUCCACCCUCAGGGCCUGGGCCAUGGCCACACGCUGUUCCUCGUGAUGAAAAACUACCCCUGCACCCUGCGUCAGUACCUGCGCGAGAAUACCCCCAGCCCCCGCCUGGCCAUGGUGAUGACCCUGCAGUUGCUGGAGGGCGUGGCUCACCUGGUGCAGCAGGGCAUCGCGCACAGAGACCUGAAGUCGGACAACAUUCUUGUGGAGCUGGACGCAGAUGGCUGUCCCUGGCUGGUGAUCACCGACUUUGGCUGCUGCCUGGCUGAUGAACGCAUUGGCCUGCGACUGCCUUUCCCCAGCUGGUACGUGGAUCGGGGCGGCAACGGCUGCCUGAUGGCCCCGGAGGUGUCCAUGGCCCAUCCGGGCCCCAGGACAGUGAUUGACUACAGCAAGGCCGACGCCUGGGCCGUGGGAGCGAUUGCCUAUGAAAUCUUCGGGCUUGCCAAUCCCUUUUACGGCCAGGGCAGGGCCCGCCUCGAGAGCCGCAGUUACCUGGAGACGCAGCUGCCUGCUCUCCCUCGGUCAGUGCCUCCGGAUGCCAGACAGCUCUUGAGGUCCCUGCUCCAGCGAGAGCCCCGCAAGAGGCCAUCUGCCCGAGUUGCUGCAAAUGUGCUGCAUUUAAGCCUCUGGGGGGAGCAUCUUCUAGCCCUGAAGAACCUGGAGCUGGACAAGAUGGUGGGCUGGCUCCUCCAGCAGUCAGCCGUCGCCCUGCUGACCAACAGGCUUGCAGAGAGGAGCUGCGUGGAGACAAAGAUGAAGAUGCUGUUUCUGGCCAACCUGGAGUGUGACGCGCUGUGCCAGGCAGCCCUGCUGCUGCGUGCAUGGCGGGCAGCCCCGGGGCAGCUCUGCACAUAACUGGGAACGACUAAAGCAGUGGGCAGCACCUGUGUGUGAUGGUCUGUGCAUGCUGAGGGUGGGCCGUGUGAGCAGGCAGGAGACAGAGACAGGAGUCGGAGACAGGAUGGCUGGGGGCUGGGCAGCCGAAAGGGAGGCCCAGGGCUAGGGGCAGGGCAGGGCAGGGGUUAAGUUCAUGUGAUUGGAAAGGUAAGCCAUGCAGGCCUGUUCUGGUACCAUGACGACACUGCUCUCCAUCAGCUGUGUUCACCGUGAAAGCGAGUUCACCGUGAUGUUGCAGCUACUGCAUCCUUGUAGCACUGAAGCAGCCCGAACAGAUGAACAGCUAGGCCUGUGUUCUGACAAAGCUUUGUGAGCACAGAGAUCUGGCUUUAUGUGUCACUGUCCAUCUUUUUAAGCGUCUGAAAAAGUAAAUAAUCUUGAGCUCGCGGGUCAUAUACAGUCAGCCCAAAGGCCACAGUAAAACACACGGCCUGAAUGGCAGCUCGGCACCAGGUCCCUGUCAGCGGUAAUGCUGCUGAUCUGAGUAUCCCCGGACUAAACCCAAAGGGACGUGCCGCUGCACCAGGCAGCGACCCGGGUGAGGCCACCAACCCAGGCCCCACCUGAAGCGCGCUGUCACUAGGCCUGCAGACCCUGCCGGCCAAGCUGCCAGGUGUGGCAGGGCUGAGGGCUUAGCCUGCAUGCCCUGCCAGGAGGGAUCCUGGCUGACACUGGCCCAGGGGAGCAGGCAUUGGGCCGUGGCGCCAUCGUCACAGGCCACCGGGGCAGAGGGGAGCGCUUGCACAAGUCUCUAUUCAGGUGUCAGCUGGAGAAGCGCCACAGGAGGCCUGCGGGGUCUGCAGGGCGGGGGACUGCGCGCAGCCAUGCUUCUCUACGGCCCGGGAGAGUCCAAGAGCACCUCACCACAGAACUGAUCCAGCCAGCGAGUGAGCACCUGAAAGCUACUGCUGUGGUAUUAUCAACAUGCUGAUUGCCCUUCUGAUUAACAUUUCCUGCAGGAAUUGUGAAAAAUUAAAUGCAAAUUACAACCGCAGAAUGUCAAUGUGCCUGGAACUGAACACUGACUUUCAUCCUUAGACCUGAAAUACGAGAAGGUUUGGAGGGGAAGGUUUCAGUUUAUGUGCUUCUCAGGACUCAGGUUAACACCUGAGCCAGGUGGACGUGAAGGUCAAGCUCAACCAUGCCAGCGGCCGUCAUCCGGCCUGUGCCUGGCAUCUCCUGAGCGGUGAGGGCAGUCCCUCUGGGUUAGGGAACACAGCUGUCUUAGCAGCCAUGAAAGAACCUGCAACUUCUGACUCAG